AGUGUGUGAGAGACCGAUAGCACAUACGAGAGGUGAGAGAGCAGUCGGUGGUGCUCUCGCGGUGUGUGAGCCCACGCGUGGAUCCCUCUUUCGUUUCCACACGCACGCACUCACGCACCUGCUUCGCGGUAAUUUGUCGCUGACGAUCAUCGUCCACGUCGUCGCGCUCGCCGCGUGCAGCAGAAACUGCGAAUUUUAGAGGGUGCUUCCGGUCGGCUCUCGGCAGACAGAGCGAGGAUUCUAAUUGGCUCGAUCGUAAUUCGACAUCGGUACACGGUGGUGACAUAUUACGCUAAUCUCUUUAUUGCGACGUACCGUUUCGUGUAAUCUACGGUUAGGCUACACCAGUUAGUGUUAUAGCUGACGGCGCGUUCAGUUUAUGUCUUCGACGAUAGAACUCUAACACAGCUGUCGGUCGUAGUUUGAGAGAGCGAGAAUUUUGUGGUUGAUCCAGAAAGCAACGACGCAACCAUGGCGUUCGCUGGACUGAAGAAGCAGAUCAACAAGGCGAAUCAAUACAUGACGGAGAAGAUGGGCGGAGCGGAAGGGACAAAGCUUGACGUCGACUUUGUGGAUAUGGAGAGGAAAACGGACGUAACCUGCGAGCUGGUUGAGGAACUUCAGAUGAAGACAAAAGAGUUUCUUCAGCCGAAUCCGACAGCAAGAGCGAAGAUGGCCGCGGUCAAGGGUAUCAGUAAGCUCAGCGGUCAGGCAAAGGCUUCCACUUAUCCUCAACCGGAAGGUGUACUCGGCGAUUGCAUGCUCACUUACGGCAAAAAAAUGGGCGAGGACAGCAUUUUCGCUCAAAGUCUCAUUGAAAUGGGCGAAGCUAUGAAGCAGAUGGCGGACGUCAAGUAUUCGCUGGACGACAACAUCAAGCAGAAUUUCCUCGAGCCGUUGCAUCAUUUGCAAACCAAGGAUCUCAAGGAAGUGAUGCACCACCGGAAGAAACUGCAAGGCCGCAGGCUGGACUUCGAUUGUAAGCGAAGACGUCAGGCGAAAGGUUCUCACGUUUCAGACGACGAGAUUCGUCAGGCCGAAGAGAAGUUCGCGGAGAGUCUUCAUCUUGCGCAGAUGGGCAUGUUCAAUUUGUUGGAGAACGACGUGGAACAAGUAGCGCAAUUGGCAACCUUCAGCGAGGGUCUCCUCGAUUAUCAUCAACAGUGCACUGAGAUCCUCAGAACGUUAACGGAAACACUUCUGGAGAAGAAAGAAGAGGCGGCGAACCGGCCGAAGCUGGAAUUCGUACCGAAGACGCUGGCGGACCUGCACGUGGAGAGCUCAUUGCCGAUGUCGGACCACAUGAACGGGGCAAGUCGAGCCGGCUCUCCGACUCAUGCGGACGGGAAGCGCUCGCAGCUCGAGCUAUUUCCGGCCGGAAACCCGCCACAAUCUGCCAAUGCUUCGCCUUUGCCCUCGCCGAGCAAAUCACCAGCGAGGACGCCGAUGACACAAAGAACACCAUGCUGCACAGCCCUCUACGAUUUCGAACCCGAAAAUCCCGGUGAACUUGGGUUCAAGGAGAACGAGACGAUUACCUUGACCCAGAAGAUCGACGAGAAUUGGUUCGAGGGGCGCACCGUGGACGGUCGUACCGGCUACUUCCCCGUGUCCUACGUGCAGGUCGUAGUGCCAUUACCCUAAGAGGACGCCGCGCAUCUCGAAGCCAAAGAGCCUGUAUAUUCGUUCACUAGCGUCUACCAUUACAGGAUUAUUAUUCUACUCUCCAGCUAGCCUAAAAAUCUAGACAGACCCCUCCUAUCUUUCGACAACCCUGUUCUUACCUUAAUAUCUAUAAUAUCGUCACUAUUUUUGCGUUUGCGUUGUCUCGAAGGCUUGUGUCCAGGACGCGCGAUUCGAGUUUCUCUAUUCCCCUUUUUUCCUCGCCCUACACAGAGAGAAGACCCUUUCCUCGAACCCGAGAAUAGCCUCUAUUACGCAUGUUAAUGUACAUAUACAAUGUUAUAGUGUAUUUUAUCGACGUAAGGACCUUCGCGUGCGCAAACACACAUGGUACACAUACAUACAUUUAUCACACAAUUAUACACACAAACACACGAAUGUAUAUCCAAGAAUUAUGUGCAUAGAUACAUAUAGAUGUGUUACACGUUUAUCACACGAAACGCGUGAUAUUUUAACACACACGAAUAUAAUAUACAUGACAAACACAUCAAAGUACCUACAAUAGCAGUUCACUGUCAAGGGCGGCUCUCUCCUCAUCUUUUUUUUUUUUUUUUUUUUUACAUUCUCCAUUUCACCUCUCGUCUCGGAGAGACGCUUUCGGAAUAUUUUCACCGCAGAGUUCGAGUGCACAAAAGAGUAAAGACCGAGCGUGGGGUGAAUUGAUUGCGGUGGAGCGCGAAUUUUCCGAUAGUUUUUCGCCUCUAGGGGUUUUUUUUUCGAAUUCGUUUUACUCCCGAAAGCGCUACGUAACGUUCCGGUAAUGAGAGCCAAAUCUCGGCGUUUGUCUCUAUUCCAAAUAUUUGGAAUAGAAUAAUUCUAUUGUACUUCGUCCUCGCAUCGUGUAUCACGUGGGUUUCGAAAUGGAGUAAGAUUGCUUCGGGGAAUUGGGAAGGAGAGAGGAAGAAGAGAAGAUUUAAUAGUUCGUUAGUGAACAAGUUUUAAGUUUGGCUAACGUUAAUCUCCCGGUUUCAACUUUCUCUCUUAGCUCUUAACUUGUAAGGUAGUUAAUAAAGAAAUUAUGAAACAUUUUUAGAUGUAAUUUGAACUAUGAAAUAUGUAUACGAAGCGUCGUCGUUUUUGAGUCUAAGAAAUAAAAUCAUUAAGCUUCCAGUGUAAAAAACAAAAAACGAUUUCGAGACUUUUCACUGAUCAUGUUAUGCACACAAAUACACACACACAUGCAUAUAUAUAUUUUUGAUUAUAUUUUUAUCUAAUAUACGACCGGAACAUACGGCUGAUAGAAACAUUAACGGAAUUUGAUAAAUAAACGUUGAUAAAGCAAUCUUACUUCAUUCGCGGCUUACUCGAUCACUAAAUAGUCAGAAAAGUUUCUUCGUUUAUUUUCUUAUAAACUAAGAUUGUCAUUUGUCGUAAUGGUGAGAGUUUGAUCAUUCAGUCACGUCAAUAAAUAUAUUUUGCGUUGGUCCGCGCGGCGCAUCAGACUCGUUAUACUCGUAUAAUAUACUCGCAUAACGAUAUGUAAUCAUUAUAUUGUAGCGAUUGUUCAUUUCCAUUCCUCAAUCCGAGUUCUUUCAAUCGUUUUUACCGUUCUUCUUUCUUUCUUUCGUCUGCGUUCUAUUCUUUUUUUUUUUUUUUUUUAAUUGCUAGAUGACACUAGCUAGAAGUUAGAAAAUUAUUACUUUAUAAGAUUUACUUUAUAAGCAUACCUCGAAAAUGGCGGCGAAUCUCUUCCACGAAGUCGUGAUCAAUUUAUAUUUGUACAGAUAAUGCUCGAUAUUAGCUUUUUGUUUUUCGUAUCGAUGAUCUCGAUCGAUGUUUGCGGUCGAAAAACUUUCGGUGAUGUUAAUCAUGAUGAAUUAUUAGCAAAUGUAUUUAUUAUAAUCAUUGAAUUAUUUUUUUUUUUUAUAGGAUUGUAGAUUCUUUUACGUGAUCUCUUGUAUUUCCGCAUCAUUAAACUUAUUUUAUAUAAUUGUAGCAAACUGAUUGCAGGAUAAUAUAGAACGUUACGAUCGAAAUAUAUUUAUCAAUUAGAAAAGAGACAAAAAUCACAUUUCUCUCUCUUGAAUUUUUUAUGCUAGAAAUAUACAAAUUAUAUGUAAAAAAAAUCAACAAAUCUUCAGCUGAGAUUCAAGUUCGGUAGAGAAAAAAUAAUUUGGUUUGAAUAUGAAGACGUUCCCGAAAUUGCAGAAUUUUGUGCAAUUAAAUGAUAACACUUAUUGAGUGUGAUAAAAAUCAACAAAGUUUUUUUAAAGCUACGCGAAAUUACUUCGCAAAAAGCAGAUAGUGCAAUUUUUACGCGCUAUUUUUCUUACUUUUUGUUUCAUGAAAUUUACAUCACACACACACACACACACACACACACACACACAGCCGAAACUUUUUCGACUUUGCAACGUCAGUCGCGUAAGUUACGUAGUUCGAACUUUGCUGACGAUAAUUUUAAGCAGUUUUAACAUAAGUUUUAAGUAAUUAAGAUACUUAUUUAAUUUGUUGUAAUUUUCGCAUAUACAAGUUGGAAAAGACCAGACACUUAAUAUCGUUCUCGUCGUUGUACCGUUAUCGUCAAGAGAGUAAAACGAAGAAUGAGGAAUAAGACUUACCGUUUGAGUUAGCAUUUAUUGCUUAUCUCAGAAAAGACCGUGCUUACACACACAAGUACAAUUACGUUUAGUACAAUUUAGCGCGCGUUUUCGACAAUUAUAAUGAUUUUGCAGACCCGCGCGACCUGCGAUCGUUAAGGUUUUCUCUUCCUUCCCCUUUUUGUGUGACUUCUGUACGAGAGUUCAACCGCCAGAACAAUGAAAGUAAUUAAGGAAACUUGGUUAUUCGUUGCCACGUGGAUUUUUAGGUAAAAAAAAAUCUUCAAGCGAUAUCUGCUAAGCAUAAUGUAUAAUGACAUUAGAGUAUAUAUUACUUACACGUACAUACAUAUUGUCGAUAAGGGCGACGGUGGGAACACGACGGCUUUUUUGUUUGUUUGUCUUUUUUUUUUUUUUUUUUUUGUCAUUGCUCGCGUGUUUUCAUUGUUACCAUUCGCGCGAUCUCUCACACCGAUGAAACGGAUUGAGUGUUGUAAAUUUGAAAAACUCAAAUCCAGAAUGGCAAUGAACAUCUUUCGACUCGAGCGAGUUUGUUAAUUAGAGUAAAAAAUAAAUAUCUAGAAAAAAACGUAGGAUAUAAUUUUUCUAUAGCUUCUCGAGAUGAUUUUUGGCCGUUCGUUUGAAAAUCCUUCGGUAUAGUAGGUAGAGAUUCUCUAAAGAAUAGAUCUCGUAGCGUUAACGCGAUUUUUAAAGUUUAGGAGAGAAGUUUCUUCACGUAUAACUGUAUCGCGCGAUGUUAUAAGCAAAAACGAACGGCUUAAAGUAGUGGAUAUUAAUCUCUCUAACUUACAUUCCUUUUUGAAAUUAUUAUUUGAACAAUAUAUACGCGAUGUAUACACAUUUAUAAAAGACGACAUAUUUUAGAGACAAGAGAAUAUAUUUAGACGUACAUUUCGAGUCGGGGGAUGUUCACUUUUCAACACAAAAGCACGUUUAUUUACAGCCGUCUGUACAUUAUUCUCUGAUGGAAUAUGGUAUCACCGAUGUUAUGUAAAAUUUGUUCUACGUGUCACCGUCGCCAGUCGAGUCCUUACUUGAGAGAGGGACGAACUAAUGUAAUAACGAAGGGAAAACAAGAACCCGUGAGGGGGAAAAGCCCGCGUGAGUUUCACCUACACUAUUAUCGCUGUGAGAUAAAAAAAAACGAAACUUCUUUCGGAAGGUGUUAUCAAUGCUGUGCAUUUUAUUAAGAGUUUAACACCAUGAUGUUUAGCCGGUGGGGGCGGCCACAUCGCUAGACCAGUGUUUCUCAAAACGUUGCGCGGACAGAUUAAGGAAAUGAAAAGAGGGAGGGGCCAAAAUGGAGCAAAAGUGGGAGAGGAAAAGAGGGCUAUUCGCUAUAUUUUCGAUGCGAAGCAAAUUGAUAAAUUACUUCUCCGCUAAUUAAAAUGCGCGAGGCAUAAUAUUCUCGAAAUUUGUAUUAAUUCUUCGUUUGCGUCGCGAACGACAAAAAAAAAAUCACGUGAAACCGCAUUUGUUCUCGCUCCAGCAAUUUUGUUCGUAACGUUCGUUUUUUGCGAAACGAAAAAAAACUCGUAUCGCGCAAAUGCGAAUGUCGAAAAUGACAUCUGCAUUCUCGUUUACUCGCGUGAUUUGCGCACAUAAUCAGUAUGACGAAUAAUCUCUGAAAGAAUAUCUCUAAAAAA